GUUCAUGAUUACAAUAGUCACCAUGGCCAGAAGAUGAUGUUUCACAGCACUCCUUCCCAUCUUCGGGCUCUUUUUCUGCUCCCUCUUCGGAUAUAUUUGCCAGGCUGUUUGAGUGUGGAUUGUAACCUUUGGUAAGAAGAUGUCGUCCAUCUUGCCGUUCACUCCGCCAGUGGUGAAAAGACUUCUGGGAUGGAAAAAAUCAGCCAGUGGGUCUGGAGGAGCAGGUGGUGGAGAGCAGAAUGGACAGGAAGAAAAGUGGUGUGAGAAAGCGGUGAAAAGUCUGGUGAAAAAGCUAAAGAAAACAGGACGAUUAGAUGAGCUUGAGAAAGCCAUCACCACUCAGAAUUGCAAUACUAAAUGUGUUACCAUCCCAAGCACUUGCUCUGAGAUUUGGGGACUGAGUACAGCAAACACGGUAGAUCAGUGGGAUACAACAGGCCUUUACAGCUUCUCUGAACAAACCAGGUCUCUUGAUGGUCGUCUUCAGGUUUCGCAUCGGAAAGGGUUGCCACAUGUUAUAUAUUGUCGGUUAUGGCGCUGGCCGGACCUUCACAGUCACCAUGAGCUCAAGGCUAUUGAAAACUGCGAAUAUGCUUUUAAUCUGAAAAAAGAUGAAGUAUGUGUAAAUCCUUACCACUACCAGAGAGUUGAGACACCAGUUUUACCUCCAGUGUUAGUGCCUCGGCACACGGAGAUCCUGACAGAACUGCCGCCUCUGGAUGACUAUACCCACUCCAUUCCAGAAAACACUAACUUCCCAGCAGGAAUUGAGCCACAGAGUAAUUAUAUCCCAGAAACACCACCACCUGGAUACAUCAGUGAAGAUGGAGAAACAAGUGAUCAGCAGUUGAACCAAAGUAUGGACACAGGCUCCCCAGCUGAGCUGUCUCCUACCACUCUCUCGCCUGUCAAUCACAGCUUGGAUUUGCAGCCAGUUACUUACUCGGAACCUGCAUUUUGGUGUUCAAUAGCAUAUUACGAACUAAACCAGAGGGUUGGAGAGACCUUCCACGCAUCCCAGCCCUCGCUUACUGUAGACGGCUUUACAGAUCCAUCAAACUCAGAGAGGUUCUGCUUAGGGCUGCUCUCCAACGUUAACCGGAAUGCUACUGUAGAAAUGACAAGAAGGCAUAUAGGACGGGGAGUGCGUUUGUAUUACAUAGGAGGGGAGGUGUUUGCGGAGUGCCUGAGUGACAGUGCCAUCUUUGUGCAGAGCCCCAACUGUAACCAGAGGUACGGCUGGCACCCGGCCACAGUGUGCAAGAUUCCACCAGGCUGUAACCUGAAGAUCUUCAACAACCAAGAAUUUGCUGCUCUUCUAGCUCAGUCUGUGAAUCAGGGUUUUGAAGCCGUUUAUCAGCUAACUCGAAUGUGCACCAUAAGAAUGAGUUUUGUGAAGGGGUGGGGAGCAGAAUACCGGAGGCAGACAGUAACAAGUACUCCUUGCUGGAUUGAACUUCAUCUGAAUGGCCCUCUGCAGUGGUUGGACAAAGUAUUAACUCAGAUGGGAUCCCCUUCGGUGCGAUGCUCGAGCAUGUCAUAAAGUCCAGCACCAGUCAAGUCCAUCAAAAGACUUCGUGUAACAACUCUCCUGUCAUAGUAUUUGUGUAUGAUCCCGUGGACUCUUUGCUAUCCAAAAAUUACAGAGUGAAAACAGCACUUGCGGUCUCACCAGUUAAAGCACCUUGUGGAUUCUGUUUCCUAUGUUUGAAUAUUAGAUGGGAAAAUUAGUGUCUAGAAAUGCCCUCCCCUGAGGGGGAAGAGAAGACUUAAAGACUUAGUGAUGUCUUGCUGGGCAUAAGACAGUGUCCCACAGGUUAUUAAUAACAGUAGUAGUUAUGUGUACAGGUAAUGUAUGGAGACCCAGUAUUGCAGUACUAUGCUGUUUGGAUACAUUUUUAGUGUGCAUACCUGAGGUGUGUGUGUGUAUGCUGCUUCUUGGUCUAGGCAAGCCUUUAUAAAGUCACAGUACCUAAUCUGUUGUCCCCACUUCGCCAUUAUUUUUGUGUCUUUUUUAAUAUAUAAUAUAUAUAUAUAUAUAAAGAUUUUCAAAUUAUCAUUUAGAAGCAGAUUUUCCUUGUAGAAACUAAUUUUUCUGCCUUUUACCAAAAAUAAACAAACUUGGGGGAAGAAAAGUGGAUUAACUUGGAAAUCCUUGACCUUAAUGUAUCCAAUGGAUCUUAGCAAUCGUUCUUUCUGUGUGUGUUUAUUUCCUGCUGAAUUUCAUUAGAAGGAAACCUUACUGGAAGCUUCUGGACUCUUCAUCCCAUUUCUGUUCUGAUAUAACACAGUAGAGCAUGAUGUCAUUGUGGAAAACAGCUGCACUGGUGGCUGCUGGAGCAGUUAAUCCUGGGUCCAGUGAGGGUUUGGGGAGAGGAAGUCUUUUUUCUCAGAGCCAGACUUCAGCAGAUGAUAAUGGACUUGUGUAAGCUGUUGGUCUGUUGAUAACUGUCAUCUCCAAACAUGCACAGGUGGCGGUAUAGUUAUUUUCAGGGCUAUUCUAGAAUCACCUCAGUAUGUGUUUCCUUCUUCCAAAGCCAGUCUAAUAAUAAAGGAUCUUUCUGUAAAGGCA